AUGGAGUCUUCACCAUAUGCAGUGUUCUACCUGGGAGGAAGUGUGGAGUUCAGGAACCAAAGCUUCUCUCUGCAGCUGACUGACCCCACCUCCCCACAGUUUCACCUGCAAGUUGAGUCCCUCAGCCCUUAUUUCUCACGGCUCUACGAGUCCUCUACUUGGCGCUCCCACUAUCUACACUCAAGGAUUAUUGCGUUCAGCGAAGGAGUGGACGGGCUGCGGGUAUUUUACUGGAGUAAAUUCUUAGCUCCCCCUGGUGUGGGUCUGGAGGUGCACAGCACUGGUGCUAACCAUAUGCAGAGGGAGCUGGGUGCUACAAACAAGCUGCCUUCCAGCAGGAAUGAGCUAUACUCUCUGGAGAAGAAUAAUGAUACACUGCUGCUGGGGCUGGACUUGGAGGAUGAUAACGCAGAUGAAAAAAUGGGUAAAAUAAAAAACCCAGCUUCUCUCCAGAGCAUCAAGUGGCAACUGGGUUUCCAAGCAGUGUCCUUUGAUCUUUAUGCCAAAUAUGGUAACAAUCGCACCCUGAACUUGGUGAGUCCCAAGAAGCCAUACUACCAGUGGCGCCUGCGUGUCCCAACGGGUCACUUGGUCCGGCUGGUGGUCCUCACUCUGCAUGGUGCCACACCUGGCAGCUGCUCCGCUCACAAACUGUCAGCAUAUGACUUUCUCCUGCCCCUGCAGAACAAGAUCAUUGCUAGGUGGUGUGGUCUGCCAGUUUCUGGUCCCUCUCCUGUGAUGAAGCUUAUGUCAUCAGGAAAUGUCAUGCUGGUGACUUUCUCCUUCAACAAACAGAGGGAUGGAGCCAUGUUCAAAGCUUAUUUCCAGGCUGUACCCAAGGCAGGAUGCGGCGGAUCAUUUUUGGCCUGGAAUGGUACAGUGUUGUCACCAUACUACCCCAGCCACUACCCCCCCAACCUGGACUGCAGCUGGACUAUAAGGACUCCAUUGGUGGGCUACUUGCUUUCUGUGACUAUAGUGAUGCUGGACAUUCAGGAUUCAUCUUCCUCUGAUAGCUGUGACAAAGACUGGUUGGAUAUUAAUGGGAUACGGUUGUGUAACCCAAUCAUAGACAGCGGUAGGAAGAGGAUCUACUCCUCCCCUGUUGUUCUGCACUUCCACUCGGAUGAAUCCCUCACUCACAAGGGCUUUUACAUCCUGUUCCGUGCCUUCAAACAGGACAGCUCAUGUCUGAGGCAGUUCCGCUGUGGAUAUGGCCAUUGCAUUCCUCUGCGGAAGGUCUGUGAUGGAGUCAAGGACUGUUCUGAUGGCCGAGAUGAGGCAAAGUGCUCCUGCAGGCCUGGUGAGGUGCGUUGUGGGAAUGGUCAGUGCAGGCCACACUCCAGCCAGUGCAAUGUACAAAGCAGUCUACAAAGCAGCUGUGGAGACAGCAGUGAGGAGACCAAAUGUGUAGGUAGAUGCUACCUCAUGUGUCCCAACAAGGUUUGUGUGCCCAAGACCUCAGUGUGUGAUGGCAUCAUUGACUGCAAAGACCGCAGUGACGAGGUUAACUGCACUAGACUGUGGCACAAAGGUUGCUCCCUGUCCUCUUACAAGUGUGCCAGUGGGAAGUGUGUGAAUAAAGUUAAUCCAGAAUGUGAUGGUGUCAAGGACUGUGGUGAUGGCUCUGAUGAAGAGCGCUGUGGCUGUGGCACAAAACCCAAGAAAAAGAGCAAGAUUGUGGGUGGAAGCGAUGCACAGAUGGGGGCGUGGCCAUGGCAGGUGAGCCUGCAGAUGGAACGAUAUGGACACAUGUGCGGCGCUUCGCUGGUCUCCAGCCGCUGGCUUCUGUCUGCCGCACACUGCUUCCAGGAUUCAGAUACCAUCAAGUACUCUGAUGUGCGGUCCUGGAAGGCGUAUCUGGGCAUGCGUGUUUUGAACACAGUCAGUAAUGCAGUGGCCACCCGGCUGAUCCGACGAGUGGUGCUGCACCCACAAUAUGACCAGUUCACCUCUGACUAUGAUAUUGCCCUGUUGGAGCUCAGUGCCCCCGUCUUCCUCAGUGACUGGGUCCAGCCUGUGUGUGUUCCAGCACCCUCGCACACCUUCAGCUCCAGCAGCAACUGCUUCGUCACUGGCUGGGGCGUGCUUAUGGAGGAUGGUGAGCUGGCCACCCUGUUGCAGGAGGCCACUGUCAAGAUCAUCAGCCACAGCACCUGCAGUAAGUUAUAUGAUGUUGCUGUUACUCCCAGAAUGCUCUGUGCUGGAAAUCUGCAGGGAGGGGUGGAUGCGUGCCAGGGAGACUCAGGCGGGCCUCUGGUAUGCCAGGAGAAGGGCCGACGCUGGUUCCUGGCUGGGAUCGUGAGCUGGGGGGAGGGUUGUGCCAGGCAGAACCGGCCAGGAGUCUACACACAGGUCACCAAGUUCUCAGAGUGGAUCCACCAGCAGACCAAAUGGCAGGUCUGA